GGAGAGUGAAAGAGAGAGAAGGAAAGAGGGGGAGAGAGGGGGGUGAAGAAGAGAGAGAGCGAGAGAGAGGGAGAGAGAGACACACAGACAGAGAGAGAAGGAAAGAGGGGGGGUGUGUGUGAAGAAGGGAGAGACAGGGAGUGAAGCAGAGAGGGAGAGAAAGAGAGAGAGAGAGAGAGCGAGGCGGAGCUGUGUGUAGAUCUUCCUCCAGUGGAUCACUAACUCAGUUCUGUGUAAACUUACAUCUCCAUGAGCUUUUUCUUCUUCUUCACGCGCGCUUGCUGCUCCGAUGGCAAUGUGAUCUUUCUGUAAUAUUCUUUAGUAGCAUAUUUUGAUAAUUUUGGAGGUUGCGCAUGGAGGGAAGCCCAGAGCUGCGGGAACACACACACUUCACCUCGGUAACGUGUUAAAGUGGAAGCUGCGUGUGAAGUCACAGGAAGAAUGAGAGUCCGGAGAGACGAGCUUCAAUGAAAUAAUGGUUUCCUACAUUAGUGGACGAUGGUGGAGAUGGAAGUUCUGGAACGUUCUCCAAGUCGCAGUGUUUCUGACCUGCAUUGCGAGAACAGAAGUGCUGAGCUGCCAGGGCGAGUGUGAUGAAAUGCUCACAGCAUCCAGUGGAAUCUUUACGUCGCCGUGCUACCCAAACGACUACCCUUCUAGACAGGCAUGUACAUGGACACUGCAGGCUCCUGCCGGCUUUGUCCUGCAACUCACUUUCCUUGACUUCGAGCUCGAGGAGGCACAAGGCUGCAUCUAUGACAGCGUCAUUGUCAACACUGGCACGAGCAGCGUUAAGUUUUGUGGCCUGACAGCCAACGGACUCACACUCAACUCCAGCACCAAUGUCAUGGAGGUGUCCUUUCAUUCUGAUUUUAGUGUCCAGAAGAAAGGCUUCAAUAUCAGUUACAGGCAAGUUGCAGUAGCUCUGAGAAACCAGAAGGUCACAUUGCCUCAGAACCAGAAGGACGUGGUGCAGGUGUCCAGCUCAGUGUCCAUCCCGGCGCUGAGUCAGUUCACAGCAUGCUUUGAGAUUGCCGGUCAAUCGUCGACAGGAUCAGGGAUCAUCUUCUCUUACACAGGAAAAGACCCCUACUUGACCUUCGGCCACAACGGCAACAGUGUGGACCUGAUCAUCGGCAAUGUCACGUGUCCAGUCAGCGAUUUGGUGACAUUAGCUGACAUUACGUCCAUUAUGCAGCUGUUCUGCAUCACGUGGUCCAACACGAACGGUGUCAUAGCUGUGUACUUCAAAGGCAACUACAAAUUUAAAACCUGCUCUAACUCCAUUGGCAUGAGAACGGAAAUCGGAGGCUCCUUUGAACUAGGCAGGGGAAAAAAGCAGGGCCAAAACUUCAAUUGCCUCAUCUACAACUUCCGUCUGUGGAGUUCAGCCAUGACCUUCUCUGAGCUUUCUUCCCUGACCUGCGAUGCUGUGGGAAACGUGGUGGACUGGAACAACAGCUUCUGGGACAUCCCGGCCUCGUACGCUCAAACGGACUCCAGUCUCAGCUGCAUCUGUUACCCACAGUGUGCACAUUUAACAACAACACUUUCAUCCAUUGGUACCGCCGUGCCAGCUACCACUUCCCAAACCACCAGCUGUUUGUCCUCGGGAGUGGGCUGCCCAGCAUCUCUAACUACUACCACCUCAUCCAUUGUCAACACUAACACGAUUCCUACUAAUGCAAGAACCAACGAUCUUCCUAUAACCACUUCAUACACGACCACUCCUAGCAUUUCUUUAACUACAACCUCUGUUAUAACUACUUCAUCUGCUACAGCUUUUUCUCCAACAACCACCAGCAUACCUACUGCUGCUGCUACUAACCCACUAUCCAUCCAUGCAAGCAAUGAGUUUACCUACUACAGGAUUUCUUUAUUAGUAUCAGAUGACCUACCCAUCACAGAUGACUUCAUAACACAAUGGUUGAACCAAACAUUCCAGGACUGGAACCACACUAUUUAUGUAUCUAAUGUCAGCAUUUUACCUGGCACUGACUCCUCCAUUACUACAAGCAGGAGAUACACUUAUAAGGCCGUUCUGGUGUACAAAAACACUACAGGCAAACUUCUAACAGAUGCUGACAUCAAGAACAGGCUGAAGAGUGUUUCUACAGCCAGCUUUACAUUAGAUAAUAUCGCCGUAAACGCAGUCGAAAACUGUCUGGCGGAGGAGACUCCACUGCAUUAUAAAUGGCCAGAGAGCAGACCAUCAGUCACUCUUUUCAUCCCCUGCUUCCCUUACAAAGAACAGAAUGCAUCUAGAACAUGCAUGAUCAGCCCAGAAAAUUAUUCAUCAUUUUGGGACCAGCCAGACCUCAUGAACUGCAAAGACAUAGAAGACAUUGAAGUUUCACAAGAAAAUGCUGCAGAGGUAGCUGUUCAACUUGCCGACAUCACAAACAAUGAGCUUUCCACUGUGGAGCUGUCAAAGGUUGUUACCGUGGUGACGAAGCUGGUGAAUGUGGCCCGAAUUAAUGUCAGUUUGGCUUCCACUGUGGUCACCAUCAUUUCCAACGUGAUGAUCAGCUCCGAGUCCGUACAGCUGGCUGCCUCAGAAAUGGCACUGAAAACCAUGGAUAUGCUUGUGCAGAAGAUUGAGUUUGAUGGUCCUUCCCUGACCAUCACAUCCAAGAACCUGGCAGUGGGAAUCUCAGCUAUCAACAGCAGCAGUUUUAGUGGAGCCAAUUUCAGUGCCUCUAUGGCUCAAAAUUCCUCGGACCCUCAGAUUGAUUUUGAGUCAGAGGUCCAUAACUCCUUAGCUAGUGUCUUACUACCGGCCACUUUGCUUCAUAACCUGAGUGAGGCUGAUGUUGAGAUCAUUUCCAGAAUUCACUUCAUGUUCUUCAGCAAAACAGGGCUUUUCCAGCAUUUUGGAUCAUUAAUGGACCAGCAGAACAAUGGCCUGGCCUUGAACAGUUAUGUGGUGGCCAGCAGUGUGGGAAACAUUUCCAUCAGUAAUCUUAAAGACCCCGUGCAAAUAGAGAUUGCUCAUCUGCAGCAUCAGUGGAAUCCAAAUCGAUUGUGUGUGUUUUGGGAUUUCAGCAUCGAGAAUGGCAGUGGAGGAUGGAACAGUGAGGGAUGUCAGGUCAGCCCAGAAUCCAACAGCAACAAAACAGUCUGCCUGUGUAACCACUUAACACAUUUUGGCGUUCUGAUGGACCUGAGUGGAGCUGCAGCACAUAUCGAUGCAAGGAACACCAAGAUUCUCACGUUUAUCACCUACAUUGGUUGUGGCAUUUCAGCGAUCUUUUCAGCUGUAACAAUCCUAACUUAUGUCGCCUUUGAGAAAUUGCGGCGAGAUUACCCGUCCAAGAUCCUGAUGAACCUGAGUACCUCGCUACUUUUCCUCAACAUGACGUUCCUCCUGGACAGCUGGUUGGCUUCCUAUGAUAUGCAGGGUCUGUGUAUGGCUGUGGCUGCCUUCCUGCACUUUUUCCUGCUUACCUCAUUCACCUGGAUGGGCCUUGAGUCCAUCCACAUGUAUAUUGCCCUAGUCAAGGUCUUCAACACCUACAUCCGGAGGUACAUCCUCAAGUUCUGCAUUGUCGGAUGGGGGCUUCCAGCUGUAAUUGUAGCCCUUGUGGUGGCUGUUGAUAAAAAUUCCUAUGGAAAGGAGUUUUAUGGACAAGGAGAAAAUGGCGAAGGAUUCUGCUGGAUUCAGAGCAAGGUUGUGUUCUACGUGACAUGCGUGGCCUACUUUUGCAUCAUCUUCGUAUUGAACGUGGCCAUGUUUAUUGUGGUGAUGAUGCAGAUCUGUGGCAGGAACGGAAAGCGCAACAACCGCACGCUUCAGGAGGAGGUGCUGCGUAACCUUCGCAGUGUCAUCAGUCUCACCUUCCUGCUCGGCAUGACCUGGGGCUUUGCCUUCUUCGCGUGGGGCCCUGUCAAUGUGGCCUUCAUGUACCUUUUCUCCAUUUUCAACUCUCUGCAAGGGUUAUUCAUCUUUAUAUUCCAUUGUGCUCUGAAAGAAAAUGUGCAGAAGCAAUGGAGAAGAUAUUUAUGCUGUGGAAAGUUACGCUUGGCAGACAAUUCAGAUUGGAGCAAGACUGCCACAAACAACACCAAGAAGGUGAGCUCCGAUAAUAUAGGGAAGUCACUGUCCUCCAGCUCAUUCGGGUCCACCACAGUCAACUGGACAUCCAAGGCUAGGGUCACAUUAAACCCUUUUGCAAAGCGACACAGCAGUUCAGGUAAACCGUAUUCAAACCAGGCCAACCAGAAGUGCAGCACUUCUGAUUCAGAUGCCUCCACUUCUUCCAUUCUGCCUGUUCACCAAGUUCUGGACAAGGUGAAAGGCUACUGUUCUGUGCGCUCUGACAACUUCUACAAAAACAUCAUCUUGUCCGACAGCUUUAGCCACAGCACUAAAUUUUAGAUGGAGAGAGAAAGGACACUGGGCAAUGACUUAUGUCAGAUCAGCAGAAUGCUAGGCACGUGUGUAUACUGUAUCAUAUUGAGUUAACCAACCAGAAAUGGCGUAGAGAAAUCCUUUAAAAAGGUCAAGAAGGAGUGUGUUUUACAUACUGUGAUGUUCAAACUGACUUUUUUGUGUUUUGUAAAUAUCCAUGGUAUAUUUAACUGUGUUUUUUUUCUUUGAACAUUGAUUUUAAUAUUGCAUUUGAGUCCGCUUUUUGUACAUACAUAGCAAUGUUCAUUUAUUUAUACUUCUGCUUCAUUGGAAAUAAAAAUGUGUGACUAUUUUUUGUCUCCAAAGAUCUGUAACAUGAGGGAUGCACAGUUACCGAUUUGUUUGUGCCUGAAAGGAACAAGUUGAUUGAAAGCAUAUUCUAUACGCUAAUUCUGUUCUAUUUGACAGUUUUCUUUCAUUAACAUAAGACGCCAAGUAACUUUCCCACUGUAUUACUACCACCUAUAUCUUGUAUAUUUUGCCAGUGUUUGUAAAUGUUUAAGGGUUUUUUUUUGUAUCUUUUUAUUUAUACUUCUGCUUCAUUGGAAAUAAAAAUGCAGGACGAUCUUGUCCCCAAAGAUUUAUAAUAUGA